AUGGUAAAAAGAAGGAGACAGGGUGGUAUCCAGCAAAGGCUGGCUGAAUCGCAGUCUCCUCUUCCAGAGGAAAGGGGACAAAAUUCUUUGUUAGCAACAUGGCUGCAUAGGCAAUGGGCUGAGGGAUUUUUGAGCCCUCAAACAGUCCAGAAGAUUGCAAUGCUAACCAAACAUGACUUUGAAGCUGCAAAUGCCAAAGCACCAGCAUCAUUGCUGAAGCUGGCCAAUCUUGGCAGUAGUGGCAUGUAUGAGAACAACAUGCAUAGAGAUCUCCUGAAAGAGUUGGAGCCAACUUCUCCACUGCCCCAUGGUUUGGCCCUGAAGAUUCCAAUGAAAGGUGGUCUAUUCCUGCAGAAUAUUCAGCUACCACACCUGCAUUUCCAUUGCAUGUACAAGAACUACAGGGAGACUUUCUUCAAGCACUUCUUGCCUCAGCCACCACACAGUCUUGAAAGCUUUUGGCAGAAGUUCAGCAAGCAUGUUUCAAUGAAGGGGCACCCAGCACUUCAAAGAAGUGACAGUUUCAAAAAGGCUCUGCCAUUGAAGGUGCAUGGAGAUGCCAUGCCAGUAACUGGUAUAGGUAAAGUUUGGAGCAAGGGGAUGUUGGUGAUGAGCUGGUCUGGUCUUUUGAACAAUGCAUCCUCCAGGGCAAACUGCUAUGUGAUGUAUGUGGCCUUUGAGAAGUUGCUGAGGGAAGGUGAACGAUCCACAUUGGAUUCAGUAUUCACUAUUCUGGCAUGGAGCUUCAAUGCCUUGUUGGCAGGAACUUUUCCAGAUUGUGAUUGGAAUGGCAAACCAUUUCAUCCAAACUCUGAGCAUGGCAAAAUGGCAGGCAAGCCAUUAGCCAAUGGCUUCUAUGGAGUACUUUGCUCUCUUGUUGGUGAUUUGGACUACCUGAACAAGACUUUACAACUUCCUCAUCAUGGCAAAAAAGGUAACUGCUGCUCCAUGUGCCAAGCACAAGGUGCAGGGGAUGCCACCUGGAAAACUUUCCUACCCAAUGCCCACUGGAAAACUUUGAUUUGGCAGCCAUCAGAUUGGAUGGCUUGGGCAGGAAGAAGUAAGUCUUGCAUCUUCAAAAUUCUCCAUUUGACCGGUGCCAAUGUGGCAGCUGAUUGGAUGCACUGCAAAUACCUUGGACAUGAUCAAUAUUGCCUGGGAUCAGUGGUUUUCCUUUUGAUCUACCAUCUAAUGAAAGAAGGCUCUGCCAAGAAGAACCUGACACUGUUCUUUAGACUGUUGAAAGAGAAGUACAAGGAGUUCAACAUUAAGGAUUGCUAUGGCAGUUUCCACACUACCUCUAUGUUCAUGAACAAGAAGGGCAUCAAACUCAAGGGCAAAGCUGCCAACAUCAGAGCCCUAGCCAAACCGUUGCUUGCCAUUUGGCAGUCCAUGUGCAAUGAACAUUUAGAAGUUCAUUCUUUGGUGCUGGUGUACUUGAAAUUGAAUUGUCAAAUUGAAGACUUGCUGGAAGAUAACUUUGGCAAUCUUUGCUUUAGUGAGGCAGAUGCCAGCCAGUUUGAGAAGCUGGUCUUUCAGCUGGGACAUUUAGCUUGUGUGCUAAAUGCCCAUUUUCAUGAAGAUUCAGAAGUGCCCCAGAACAUGUUCAAUGUGACUGCCAAAAUGCACUUUAUGUGCCAUGCUGCCAUAGAUGCCAAAUUUGUUUCACCCAGAUUUACAUGGGUCUUCCAAGGUGAAGAUUUCAUGUCUAUCAUGCAGAGACUUGCUCAGUCCUGCACAAGGGGCAACAAACCCCAAGAGAUCUCCUACAAGAUUAUGGAACACUGGAGGAUUGCACAGCAUAUGCUGUGGUCCCAGCCUUGA